GCCCCCUCAAUCUGAUUGGCUGUUACUUCUAAACAUCGUCAUGUGACAAGCAGUCCAACAAACGGACACAGGAAGACAACACGGACGCGUCCAGGAUGACAGCGGCCCUCCUGUAUUUCCUCCUGGCUGGUCCAGUGCUGCUGGUCACUGCAAGUCCAGCUCGUGACCCAAACAAUGGGACCGUACCACUGGUGCUGUGGCAUGGGAUGGGUGACAGCUGCUGCAACCCACUCAGCAUGGGGGCGAUAAAGAAGAUGAUCGAGGGGGAUAUUUCUGGCAUUUAUGUGCUCUCACUGAUGAUCGGGAAGAAUGUCAUAGAGGACACAGAAAAUGGGUUUUUCAUGGAUGUGAAUGAGCAGGUGUCCAUGGUGUGCAGCCAGCUGGCUCAGGACCCAAAGCUGAAGGGGGGCUACAAUGCGAUGGGCUUCUCCCAGGGGGCGCAAUUUCUGAGGGCCGUGGCGCAGCGUUGUCCCUCUCCACCAAUGAAAACCCUCAUCUCCAUCGGUGGCCAGCACCAAGGUGUGUACGGGCUGCCCAGGUGUCCCGGAGAAAGCUCCCACAUCUGCGACAUGAUUCGCAAAGCUCUGAACAGCGGAGCUUAUUCCGACCUGGUUCAGAAACAUCUGGUGCAGGCCCAGUACUGGCACGACCCCUUGAAUGACGACCUGUACAAGAAGCACAGUCUCUUCCUGGCUGACAUCAAUCAGGAGAGGGCUGUAAAUGAGACUUACAAGAAGAAUCUUCAGUUGCUGGAAAAGUUCGUCAUGGUCAAGUUCCUGCAGGACACCGUAGUGGAUCCUGUUGAUACAGAGUGGUUCGGAUUCCUGAAAACCGGCCAGGCCAAAGAGACUGAAACUCUGCAGGAGAGCGUUCUCUACAAAGAGGAUCGUUUGGGCCUGGCAGCGAUGGAAAAGGCUGGAAAGUUGGCUUUCCUUUCAACCCCCGGAGAUCACCUCCAGUUCACCAGAGAGUGGUUCGAUGCAAACCUGCUGCCUUAUUUACGCUAGAAGUGCUGAUGGGUGACGAUGAAUGAGACUUUAAUAAAAACAGAGCAGGGGUGCAGAAAGCACAUCAUUCCUUCUUAUUGCACUGAUCAUUUGUUGCAUGUUGUUGCCAAGAUGUUAAUUUUUAGCAGCUAAAUUUGUGUAACGGUCUACUGCUUUACUACCACUAACACAAGACUGUCACUGUUAUUUCCAGUGUGAGCUAUUCUGAUGAGGUCAAAUGGUUUUCUUAAAUGUUUUUAAUUUUUAAAUAAAUUCUUAUGUUUACCUGUUAAAUACUAAAUCUGUCUACAACUCCUAUACUUGUACAUUCAAUCCAAUAAAAAGAAAGAAAACACCCAAACAAAAUACAUUUUAUUGCAACAUUUUUAAUGAUGUCUCCAGUACUAAUGAGCAGAAUUCUGAUUUUGGACCCAAAAAAAAAAAAAAAAAAAAUAGAGAAGAGGUAAAAGAAAAGAGACAAUAUAAAAGAAAAUUCAGCAAAGAGCUUCAACAGCUACGAGAGCUGCAGAUUAACCGAAAGAGAAACGAGCGGAGAGACGUUGAUGAUGAUGAUGAUGGUGGGGGCUAAUAUUUAAGACUAUUCAGUAAUGAUCCGGAUCUAUUACAGGUGAUUACAGCUUAUACUUCCAAUCUAGAGACUGAGGUGAAGCGUUCAGCAACAAUCACUCGAUAACAUCCUCUGGUCUCUUUUUUUCCCUUUCUCGACAGCAGUAGCGAGUCGCCAUCGAUUGAAAUCUCUUUGCUCUUUACCGCAACUUUAUCUUACAUGCCUCCUUACGUGGAAUGUAUUUUUAAUACUCGGGAAUGUCCUAUGUGUAGGUUUAAGGGAAAGCACGUGGAAUGAUUUUGUCCCUCCCCCCCUUAUUAUUAUUUUUCUUUUUUUUAAAGUGUCUUUUGUUCCAACAUCAUCUAGAUGAAGAGUUUCAUGAUGUGAAAUAGACAGCGGUGUUACACAAACACUUACUUCUAUCUAUGUGCUCUUAAGAUGCUUUUUAUAUAUUAUUAUCCACAACGAAUGUUAAUAUUGUUAUAGUCAACAUCAGUGGAGGUGAUAUGGAUGUCGUUAUCCUCUGUAAAAGGGGCUUCUUUCUUUUUUUUCUUUUUUUUUACAAGUGCGUUUAAUGGAGCAGAAACGUAUCAGGCCCGCAACUUAAAAAACACCAGCUCCCUCCUGACCAGUGAGGAGGAGGAGGAGG